CCUCUCCUGAUAUAUCUCCUCUCUAAGCUUUCAAGCGGUGUAGGUGAGUGGGCCCCACUCCCCCGCGUUCCACGUCAGCAGCACUCGCGAAAGUCGUUGCUGCGGUCAAUCACGCGCGAGCUAAUCUAAUCAUGUACUAGUUCACAAUUUCGCACCUAAAGCUAGCUGACAGAGUGACAGUGGAGUGCAUUUUAUAGAAAACGUUAAGGUUAAAUUUAGUUGAUCGAUUUGGAAAAGAAAUUUUAAAAUAAGUUCAAGGAGCCGUAAAAUUUUUGUGAGAGAAAUACUUUAAAAAGAACUGUGAGGAAAAUACCUGACAAAUUUUUAGAGCUAUAGGUGUGAGAUUUUCAAAAAUGGCGAUUUGAUUAAUUUGAUCAACAGAAAUUGUUUGCAAAAAAAUAUGAUUGUCAACUAGUCAUACUUUUGACACGAUGCAUCUGAUGAUGCUGAUGCCUACGGUGAUAAAUAGCCACAUCUCACGUCAAAAAAAAUUAAUAAAUAGCCACAUCAAACUCUUUGACCUGCCAUUAUUUCUUUUUGGGAGAAACCACCAAUUUUUCUAGCAUGGCUUCUCGCAUUUGAAUUCAACCUGCUAGGCUGCUACAUCAUAGGUCAAUUACUCGUUCUUUAAUAUGUCGACAGUACAGCAUCUACAUAUUUGAUCAUUUUGUUUUUAAUCAUGUGUUCAGAAAAGUAUUUAAAAUAUUAAUGUGUAUAUUUUUUUACAAAUAUCUACUAGAAAAUCUUAUAAUAUGAAACGGAGGAAGUAACUACUAAUUCUAUUUUCAUAUAUUGAACUAUAAUUUUUGUUUGGUUUCAAAAUUUAACUGCAUGUUUUGUACGCGUCUAUUAAUGAACGAGAAAAGUAACUUGCCAAAAAAAAAUGAGUUAACAUUAAAAAUCGACCUAGCUUAAAGUUAAGACUCGAGCCAGCCUCCAUCAAUUUGUGAAGAGCUCGGCCUAAAAUGGAAAGAAGUGUUGUGGCCCAUGGGCUUUUGACCCUAAGCCUUAGGCACUCCAUGACCCAGUCUCUGUAUAAAGAUGUCUAAAGAUCAGUUCAAACCUCAAGGUUGGGAUGUUAUUCCCUCUACACCGAAAAGGCGAAAAUGAGUAAUUAACAUGUUUGGUAGAGGUCCAACUUCUAAAUUUAGCUUCAGGAGUUAGAUCUAUAGUGGAGUUAUGUAGCUGCCUAAACCCAGCUCCACAUCUCUAAUUCAUUUUGUAAGAGAGCUCCAUCCAACUCUGCUCCUAUUUUUAGUGGAGCUGAAACUGUUUGGAUGAGCUCCAGGCUGUGCCAAACAGGCUCUAAUUAAGUAUUAGCUUAAAGACUUGAAAAUAUAUAUUUAGAACAACUUUCCUUUAUAAUUCUUUUAAAAAUAAUAUCGUUUAGCAGUUUUGGAAGUAAGCGCGUGAAAAAUGAGAGAGUAGUUGUUAUAGUAAAAUAGUGAAGACAAAAUAAAAAAUAAGACAAAGUUCCUUGUGCGCCUCCUAGAGUUUCUCUUUACCUCCUUAAUCAUAUCCUUACAUGUCCUUAAAUUUUUAUUUUGAUCUAUUUUAUAUUUACUCUCAUGAUCCUAAGUUAACAGUUAUAUUAUUCUUUUUCAAGACAAAGAGGUUUUAAGUUAACCAUUAGUUUUUUUUCUCAAGAUAAAGAGGUAUUCCACCCAUCCCAUUAAAAAAAAUCAAUCCUAACUAUGAAUGUGAGUACAUGUGUGUUAAGUUUCGUAGCUAGGAUUAAAUUUGGGGUUUUUCUUGAACGGAAGGUGUAGAAGCUAGGCCCAUGGAAUUACCUUCCAUAUUGCCCCUCCCUCGUGUAGUACUCACAAGGAUAUGGUCGUUCUUAAAAUUACGUACUCUCUAGAUUGACCAUGUUUUGCUUGACUAAUCAAAGCUUUAGCCACCGCAACCCCAGGUCCAUUCAAACAUUUCAACAUAUAUGCUCCAGCCAAUUCCUUCCCGGUGGCUGAAAUAUUAGUUUCGCUCGCCUGCCGAGCUAGCCAAACUCAAGAUGCACCUCGCCGGCGGCCGCCUCCUCCUCCUCCUCUGCGUCGGCGUGCAAUUCCUCUUGAUUCUCCCCUAUGGAGCUCUCUCCGCCAGCCCCGCCGCCGCCGCCACCGGCGGAGAUGAGCGGUGCAGGAGGAAGUGCGGUGGGUUGGAUGUCCCCUACCCUUUCGGCUUCUCCGGCGACUGCCCCAUCCUGCUGGCCUGCGACGAGGGCAACUCCACGGCGGCGCUGCUCCGCCCGACCAACGGCACGUCGACGACCAUGGAGCCGUUGUCGUACGCCGUCGUCGGCAAGUCGUUCAACUCGACCGCCUCCACCUUCGUCGUCUCCCUCCUGCCUUCCUGCAACCGCACCGUCUCCGACGCGAGGCUGUGGCUCACCGGCGCCAACUACGGCGUGUCGUCGAGCACCGGCCUGUUCGUCCGCGGCUGUCAGAACGCGAAGAACAACAGCUGCAGCGUCCCCGCCGAAGCCAUGUCCUCGAUGCUCACCACAGCGAAGUGCGGCGGCGGCGGCGGCGGCAACGGAACCGCGUCGUCGCCGGUGACGUGCAUCCCGACGAUGUCGACGGAGGCGGACAUGGCGAAGGGUGUGGGCCUGUUCGCGCAGUGGGACAAGGUCGAGGAGCCUAGAUGCGACAACCUGCUGACAUCCGUGUACGGCGAGACGACGAACGAUGGGGUGUUCACGCUGGAGAUCGCCGUGGCGGAGAUGGGGUGGUGGGUCAACGGGAACUGCAGCAACCACAGCGCCGCCGCCGCUGACCUCGUCGGGCUGUGCGCGGCGAACGCGACGUGCCACGACGUGCGGACCCCGAGCGGGGCGUGGGGACACCAGUGCAGGUGUCUGGAGGGGAUGGACGGCGACGGGUUCGCCGCCGGCGAAGGAUGCCACUUUCCCGCUAAGAAGAGCUCUACGAAGAAAAUCCUUAUCAUAGUUGGAGGUGUCUUGGCGGGAACGGUGGCGGCCGGAGUGCUCUUCCUCUGCUGCGCGCGUUGCCGGCGAUCCGGCGGCGGCGGCGGCCGGUCCGGCUUCGACAGGCUGGCGGCGAAGCGGCUGCUGUCGGAGGCGGCGUCGUCGAGCGGCGUGCCGGUGUACUCGUACCACGAGGUGGCGCGCGCCACCAACUCCUUCUCCCACACGCACCGCCUCGGCACGGGCGCCUACGGCACGGUCUACGUCGGCAAGCUGCCGGCGAGCUCGCCGUCGCUGGUGGCGAUCAAGCGGAUGCGGCGGCGGCACGACGACGGCGACGACGACGCCGCCGUGGCGGUGCUCCUCAACGAGGUGAAGCUCAUCUCGUCGCUGAGCCACCCGGGCCUCGUCCGCCUGCUCGGCUGCUGCCUAGACCGCGGCGAGCAGAUCCUCGUCUACGAGUUCGUCCCCAACGGCACGCUCGCCCACCACCUCGCCGGUGGGGGGCUCCCAUGGCGCGCGCGGCUCGGCGUCGCGGCGGAGACGGCGGCGGCGAUCGCCUACCUGCACGCCAAGCGGCCGCCCAUCCUCCACCGCGACGUCAAGUCCAGCAACAUCCUCCUCGACGGCGACCUCCGCCCCAGGCUCGCCGACUUCGGCCUCUCCCGCGCCGUCGGCCGCCUCGACCAGGCGUCGCUGUCGCACGUCUCGACGGCGCCGCAGGGCACGCCGGGGUACCUCGACCCGGAGUACCACCAGAACUUCCACCUCUCCGACAAGAGCGACGUCUACAGCUUCGGCGUCGUCCUCCUCGAGCUCAUCACCGCCAUGAAGGUCGUCGACUUCGCCCGCCCCGCGGCGGAGGUCAACCUCGCGUCGCUCGCUCUCGACCGCAUCGGGAAGGGGCGCGUCGACGACAUUGUCGACCCGGCGCUCGUCGACCGCGCCGACGAGUGGGUGAUGCGCUCCGUCCGCCAUGUCAGCGAGCUCGCGUUCCGGUGCCUGGCGUUCCAGAAGGACGUCAGGCCGGCCAUGAGCGAGGUCGCCGCCGAGCUCGCCCGGAUCAGGGACGCCGCGCCGGCGUCCGUGCCGGGAGCCCGGACCGGAGCCGGCAGCCGCCCGCCCAUGGUGAUCGACGUCGGCGUCGGCUUCGACGGCGUCGACGCCGCGGUGAAGAAGGUCGGGUCGCCGGUGUCGGUGCAGGACGUGUGGGUCAGCGACCAGAGCUCGCCGUCGACCAACGGCUCCAUGCCGCGAUUUGCUUAGCUCUCGAUUUGACUUGUAAUUCAAAGAGGAAUCUGAAUUUGAUGUGAAUUUAACAUUUUUUUGAUGUGUCGAAAUGUGUGCUACUUAGCCUAGUUCUAAGACAUGGCAAAGUAUUUCAUAUGCCGAAUUGAAAAAACGUUUGCUGUAUAGCUAAAGUUGGACUAGCACAGAAACAAAAAUUUCAAGUUGAUAGUUUUUACA